UUUUAGCUGGGUCAAAUCCCAAAAAAAAAUAUUGAUUUAACUUUGGUUGUUGUUGACUAAAAUAUGACAAUGUUUAUUUAGAUUUUUAAAUUAACUUAAUAAAUUAGUGACGACGACAACAUGUCUGAUUCUUCAGAAUAUUCUUCAUUAUUCGCUUUAGUAGAUAGCCACUUAUCUAAAACCAGUGUUAAAGAAAGUCAGUCAAAUGAAAGUACAAAAGGGCCUUUCCAAAUACCCUUCCAUAACAAUGAACAUGGAACUAGUUCAUCAGAAAGUUAUUUGCUCUUGCAAAAUGCAAGACUUCCCAUUCCAACAUUCAACAUAAGCCAAAGUUCCAUCACAAGUGUGUUAGCUGAACAAGUAUCAAAUAUGCUUAAAGCUAAAGAAAAGAAAAAGCAAGAAGAACUACAAAAGCUUGAUAAUGAAAUGAAAAAAUUGAAAGUGCAGGAAAAAGAUGAUUAUGUAAUUGAUCUAAUGCAAGCUUUACAGACACCUAGUACUGAGAUGAAACCAAAAUCAUUAUGUGAAGAACCCCUUAGUAGCAGUAGUUCAUUUGAGUCACUUUUUCAACCAAAGUUUUCAGAUUUUAUUGAUGAGAAAGAAAAACAGAAAAACCCUGAUCCUCUAAAGCCCUGUAUCACUGUUAAGUCACAUCUGAUGAAAAAGAAAAUAAAAAAAGGCAAAUGUUCUGAGUUUGGCAGAGUAUUAUCAGCACGAUUACGACCAAUUGCGGCACCAUAUUUAAGACAAUCAAUUGAAAGCAAUAUAGAAGUAUUUGAUUUUUCUACUCCAUCUCCUUGUGAUAUAUACAAAGCUAAUUUAAGAAAACCAACUGUAUCAAGUACUUUUUCUUUCAAAUUGGAAUUAUUGCAAUUAUAAAUAUCUUUUGUCUAUAUAGCAGUAAAAUUAUGUUGGUUAUGGGAUGGAAAUAAACAUUCCGUGGUUCAAGCCUGAACAUUUUCAUACUAUUUUAAAAAUGUUUGGUGUAACCAACAAAAUCAAUGCUGGCUGUGUUAUUAAACACAUAGUAUAUUGGUGGACUUGUUAAAAACAUAAGUUGACAUGUUUAUAUUACAUUGUAUAUACAUAUUUUACAUACUGAAUCUAUACUAAUAUUAUAAAGCUGCAGUGUUUGUUUGUUUGAACGCACUAAUCUCUGGUACUACUGGUCCGAUUUGAAUGAUUCUUUCAGUGUUGGGUAGUCCAUUUAUCGAGGAAGGCUAUAGGCUAUGUUUUUUUUUCAAAAUUAGGGAUCCGUAAUAAAAUUUUGUAACAAAAUUUUGUGAAAACCUAUUUUUGCGUGCACUGCAAAAACUAUUGACAAUAGAACAAAAUGAUGUACAGGCUAUAAUAUAGGCAAUAUUUUAUUACUUAUAAAACUAUCGGGUGAAUUAUACUUUAUAUGGCAAAACAAUGUUUGCCGGGUCAGCUAGUUAAUUAUAAGCUGACAUUUUAGUGUAUGCUGGUGCAUUAUUAUUUUUCCCUGAUACUCAUUUAUUAUAGUUUCUACCUAUAAAUAUUGAUUUAAAUAUAUUUUUGACUAACAUAGUUUACUGCUUACUAUCGCUGUACCUUAUACAAGGUAAAUAUGAUAGCAGAAGCAGGCUAAAAUCUAUUUUAAUUAUCCAUCUUAAAAUAACAUAAUAAUAAUUAUGCACUCAUAUACAAUAAAAGCGGUUGAAUAGGAUUUUUUUCAAUGUUAACAAAAAAAAUAAAGUUUUAAUAAUGAUAAUAUUAUUUUUGGAUGUAUUUAUUUGUCAAUUGGUUAGACCCAAUAUGAAAUAGACAUGUUAAUUGUAAUGAUAAAUGAAAUUGUAAUAAUAAAGUUAUUAAGAAAAAAAUA